AUGUCAUCCAUCGUUGCACUGGAAGUUGGAAUCGGGCUUUUGAAGAAUCUGGGGACAGAAAGACUACUGCCUCGAGCUUAUUUGCUUUUGAAGCCAGGAGCAAGCCAAAGGACCUUCUGGAACGACGUCCACCAAGCUGGCCUUUUAGAGCUUUUGAGGAUUAAGGUCGAUCGAGCUCUCAAAACUUCUCGUCUUACAGAUAGAGAAAAAUUCUUUGUUCGCGAAAGCCGGCAAGACUUCUUCAUGACAUUUCCUCCCGAAAGAUUAUGGGUAUAUUUCAAGAUUUCACGGAACAUGGACAAAUUCGACUCUCAAGACUUCACCAAAAGAAUUGCAGAUCUUAAGCUUGGAGGAAUAGAGGAUGAGUUUGCCAUCUGUAUUGCGUCCUCCCCCGAGAAACGAAGUGAUCUCGUACAAGCCAUGUUUCAACAGGCUGCAAUGUAG